UCUUCCUGUUGAUUCUCGCUGGUACAGCGACAUACACUGCUGCUCAGGGACACGACCUCGUCAGCAGCUAUGACACACAACCAGCCCAGAUGAGUGAGAAAGAUAAAAGUCGCGCAAAUAAAGAGAGAGGUGACAAUGGGCCACCGGAACCAAGCCCUCCACGCCCUAGUUUCUUUAAGAGACUGCGGAGGGUGUUCAGGAGACGUAAACGUUCAAACAGAAAACCAAAACGGGAUGACUAUGUUAAUGUUAAUCCUGUUGACCUCCCAUCCAAUCACCACUCCAAGUCUGGAAAAAGGUUGUCUAUAUCUGGACCGAUGCCAGUUGAAGUGAAAUCACCCCCAAACACACUAAAGGUAACACUUGAAAUCGAGGCGCCUCCUUCGGUGCCAUCUGGUAGUCCGGUAACACCUAAAGAAGUCGAGCAAGCUCAGAUAGAAGCUUCUGAAGCUGUACCUGCAGUUACCAUUGAACACGCCGCAGCUGAUCCUGAUCUGAAUGUGGACAAAGUCACUGUUAGGACCGAAGUCAACACUAAGGAUUCAGGAAAUCAUACGGACGACUCUGAGGAAGAUGUCUGUGCGACCUACGUACCCAUGGGGAAGCCUCUUCGGGCACUCAGAAAAAGUAAGACUUUUACUGAAGGGGUGCUUACAAAGCCACACAUAUUUACAAAUCAGCAUCCCAGCAAUACACCUCCAACGUCCCGAAACUAUAGGGACACUUUAAAUAGAGAGGAAGAGCGUCCUUUCAGCAUUUACCAGAACAGUGCAGUAGAAGAUGUUGAUGAUGAAACAGAAGAGAUAGAUAAUAUUCACCUAAAAUAUUUCAAUGCUUUUAACGCGACUCAAGAUAAACCAAGGAGCGUUUACAUGGAACCUGAUACAAGUCUGAGGGUCGGCCAUCCACGAGGACUUGCUCUAAGUUCCUCAGACCUCAAAACGGGCAGACCCACUGAUGACCUGUUCAAAUGGGGAUGGUGGAAGCCAGACCAGUCUUCACACAAUAUUCACGACGAGCUGGAGACGAAACAUGAUGGUGCAGUCAAGGUGGUACCCGACUUUGACCUAUACGUCCGUAUGGGGGGAAGGUCGACCGGAUCGCCGGGGUGUCGGCCACCCCCGGGGGACGGAAGGAGGAGCAGAAGCUUAACCGUGCCAAAUAUCUUUGCGUCAGAAUUUGAAGACGCUGUUUCCGAUGAUCUGCCUAAGCUUUCAUUAUGGUGCCCCCCGAGUCCAUCCGGUGAAUUUAAUUCGGAGUCCACGAUAAAGUUUAAUACGUGUCCACGGCCAUGUUCUGUAGCUCACUAUGUUAAUUUCAAAGGCAGUAUCCCUCCUAAAUAAAGACCAAGAUGUUAACAUUCGCUGGUAUUGAAUGUGCGCAAUAAUAUAUGAUGCAAUGAUGUUUUCAUGAUAUUUACCAGAUAUACAAUUCCCAGGGAUCUUUAUAGCGUAAUACCUAACCUAUUGCUAUCACGGACAUUGGUAUCUGAAUCUGAAUGAAAGACAUGUGUCUCUGUGUGUAAAGAUCUGUGAGAUAAAGAAAUUGUAAGUAACCAA